UUUCUGGAAACUGCUUAGAUCUGCAGUUUCAAUUAUUCCUGUUUUCCACCAAUGGGAUGAGAGAAACAAUGUUUCAGUCCCUACCAGUGGCUGGCUGGUGCCAGUUUGCAGCUGGUAUCCAGUGGCUGUCGGAGUUGGAGAGAAUGUUCUAAUCCGUCACCAUUGUACCAAUUGUCUAUAAAAAUUAAUGUGCAAGUGAAGCUCUGCUUUCAAAUGGGGGCAAAUCAAAUUUCAAUUUCCAAUUAAUCAGCACAAAGACAUGAAUGACUCUGAAGAUUUCAAGGAGAGUCACAGCAGAAGCAAAGACCAAACAGAUGGAACAAAAAUGAGUCUAGACAAAGAAGAGAAAGGAGUUAAAUUAAUUAAGAAGUAUGAACCUCUGAUGGGUCAAAGCUGCAGAGGAGGAGAAAUGCCGUCUGAAAUGCCGUCAGUGCCGCUUCCAUUUUCCGCAUCUGGUCCUCAAGAUGAAGAUCUGCGACUGGAGGAACGUCCACAUAGGGAGGACUGCAUGAAGGACGAAUCAUCCCAGACAAAGGUGUCGUUUGAUGGACUGGGUGUCCACCAGCAGACCAUGGAGGAGCUGAAGAGCAUCCUGAGGGACAGUCAUCUGCUCAGCGGCCGAGGGAGAGAGGAGGGGAAACCAGGAAGUCCGUUUACGUACCUCCAUGGGAGCAGCAGCGGAGGACACGAGAGACGGGGGGACGAUGACAAUCCUCACAGGACGUUCAGCACCUUCAAACCUCAGUCUGAUGCUUCCAGAAGGGGGGGAAACUCCAGAGAAAGUACGCCUAUUCAUCUGCCCCCCGCUGUGGAUGCAUCCAGCUCAGUCAGGUCUGCUGCCAAAACAAAUAGGCAGCCUGGAGUCAGGACCAGCGCACAUUCAAGCAGCAGAGCCUGGGGAGAGACGGUAGAUUCAGAUAACGACAACAAAGCCGUUGAAUUCUCUGGCAACUUGAGGUUUUUCUCAGCCAUGGAACAAAUCAAGCAGCAGAUCGCCAGAGAAAACAUCAACUUUGUCCGUUUUGAGGCCACCGAUCUCCACGGAGUGUCGCGGUCCAAGACGGUGCCUGUCCGCUUCUUCCAUGAGAAAGCAAUAUAUGGGGUCCCCAUGCCAAGAAGCUAUUUGGAGCUGACCCUGAGCCCGAAGAGCAACGAAGUGGACCACGCCAACACCGCUAGCUUCAGCAGUGAUGUUCUUCUGAUCCCUGACCUUUCAACUUUCAGAGUCCUGCCUUGGGCUGAGCAGACAGCACGGGUCAUAUGUGAUCCAUGCACCAUAACAGGAAGCCCCCUCCGCACCUCGCCUCGCCUUAUAGCGAAGCAGCUGCUCGGUCAGCUCCAAAGCUUGGGAUUCUCCCUGCACUCAUCCUUCACCUACGAGUGCUGUGUUCUGGGAGCGCCGGACAGAAUCGGACCAAAGACGCUCCUGUUCCCUGCCACCACGCUGCUGAGCAACCACGACCUCCCGUUCUUCCAGCAGCUGGUGGACAGCAUGUACUGCAUGGGCGCAGACAUCGACAGCAUCGCCUCUGCUAGUGGACCCGGCCAGAUGGAGAUCAAUUUGAGGCCGGAGUUUGGGAUCGCAGCUGCAGACAGCGCCUUUACCUUCCGUACUGGCAUUAAAGAAAUGGCUCGUAAGCACAGCUACAUCGCCAGCUUUUUUACCGAUGACGGUCUGUAUAACGCCGGUGUGCUCUCCCAUAGCCUAUGGGACGCUAAUGGGCGGCGCAGUCUCUUCCAGAGUGGCGAAAAGGAAGUAGAUCUGUCUGAGAUUGGUAGAAAAUGGCUGGCGGGGCUCCUCACCCACUCUGCAGCGCUCAGCUGCCUGAUGUCACCCGGCCUGGGCUGCCGGAGCCACAUCGCCAAAACCAUAAAAGACCCCAAGCGUGUUCUGUACGCCACCUGUGGCUGCAAUGACAACAGCAGUUCCUUUAAUAUCAAAUGCCACGGCGGGAGGGAGGCGCACAUCGACAAUAAGCUAGGUUCAGCUAUGGCGAACCCUUACAUUGUCCUGGCUGCUACGGCGGCCGCAGGACUGGACGGCAUCAGGAGAAACCUGAACAUUGAGAACAUUCUGAACAAAACCCCCGGCCAGCAGAGGGAGUUUGCCAUUCCCGUGAAGCUGGACAACGCGCUGGAGGCGUUGGCGGAGGAUCACGUCAUCUGCAGCGCCCUCGGAGAACCGUUUGUUCAAUACUUCAUCGCCAUGAAGAAGUUUGAGAUCGAGACCCAAGAGCUGGACGAUGAGAGGAACAAGUGCCUUGAGUAUUUCAUUUGAACUUAUUUGUGGUGUUUUCGCUCAUAAUUUUACAGAUGAAUCAGUUUCUCUCGUCAAGUAAGACAAGGUUUUCCUCAGAUAUUUUAUUAAAAGUGAAUUCUGAAGUCAAGAGAUAUAUGAUUCGUUAUUGUUUCAUCAACAUCAUAAAAACAAUGAAAAUCAGUGUAUUUUACACAGUAGCAAAAUGGAGAAGACACUGUUAUAUUAGAAAGGCAGAAAUGAAUCUGCUUUAAUAUUAUAACGCAUUUUCUUCAUCUUGUGUCGUUUGCUUACUGUUGUAAUGACCAUUUUGACCUCUUGGGGCCACUGUCUCCGCAGCAGGGUGGUAAACAACAUCUUGCCGAAUCAUCGUGAUGCAGAUUUAUGCAGUUGUGAUUCCCUUAAAAAAUUAAAUUGGGUCAGUGUGUGAAAGUUCUGGAUAGGAUUUUGCUUUUUUGUUAAAACUAUACCAUAUUCAAUAGUCAUUUUCAGUUUUUGACUCUUCCAGAGACUGUAAACUUAAAUGCAAAGAGCCAAAAAGUUGUUGGUUAAAGUAUUUUAUUUUUAUUUUAUAACAUCAAAAUAUCUUUUAUUGCAAAUUCAUGUCUCCAUGGUCUUCUCAGCAUUAUAAGGAGAUAAAUAUAAAGCUUUGUUAAUAAAUUUAAAUAGAUCUUACCCUGAAUAAAGUUGCUGGAACUGAUUUACAUGGUAGAAAAAAUAAAUGUGUGCCGAGUCAUUUCCUUGAGAGAAAAAUUACAAAAU